CCGGCCACAAACCCCAUAAAAUCCGGUCCUCGAAGUUACUAUGGUCAGCGGCUUCCCGACGCCGGCGGCGAUGGAUGUGGAUAGCAGCAACAAUCAAUCCCCGUACAAGAUCAGCCGCUCUACUUCGACCGGCAGGUCGGCGGCGGCGGCGACGAAAGGCCCCGCUCCAUUUCUGUCGAAGACGUACGACUUGCUUGAUGAAAGGCCUUCGUCGUCAUCGUCGUCUUCCGGCGACGGCGGGAGCAUCAUAUCGUGGAAUGAAGACGGGACGGGGUUCGUGGUGUGGUCGCCGGCGGAGUUCUCGGAGCUGAUGCUGCCGCGGUACUUCAAGCACAACAAUUUCUCCAGCUUCAUCCGCCAGCUCAACACCUAUGUGGGAUUCAAGAAGACAUCAUCGAAAAGAUGGGAGUUCAAACACGAGAAGUUCCAGAGAGGCAAUCGAGAAAUGCUCGUGGAGAUAACUCGCAAGAGGUGCGAGCCUAGUGUUUAUCCUUCAUAUUUGAAGGCAGCAACUAACUCAAACCAAGAAGAUAGACAAAGUCUUAAUCACGAACAACUAGUGGAAGAGAAUUCGAAUUUGAGAAAGGAGAAAUUGGAGCUACAAACCCAACUUGCUCAGUUCAAAGAUCUGAAAGUGAAGUUGUUGGACUUUGUGGGUCACCACAUGCGAAAUAGCAAUGACCAACAUGUCAAAAAUGGAAGGAUUUGCUAGAAUUAAUAGAAGUAGUUGCAUAUAGUGUAAAAUAAGUUUAUUUGUUGUUUAUCAAAAGGAGGGGCAAAAUGAAAACCCUUUAGCUCUUGGAGUUUUAGAGAUUGUUGAUUUAAGUUUGCAUAGAAUUAGGGGCUAAUUGGAAGGGUUAAGGCUUCUCUUGUCAAUCUUAUGACAAAUUAAGUUGCCAAUGGUGACAAAGAAGUUGUCUUUUAUAUGACUUUUUUUUUUUAUCAAUUGGCAACUUUUUGCAAUCC